UUGAAACGUACCUUCGGGAGGGCUGGACGGCUGGACGGCUGGAUGGCGCGCGGAUCCGGUGCCCCGCCACGUGGCUGGCGGCCAACAGUGAAGGGCAAGACAGCAUCACCUGACGUGUUCGCAACUGCUGCAACCGGCAGCAUCGUGGUCCCAGACGGUGCAGCACCUGUUGCCGGGAGCCGCUUCAGACCACCUCCAGGAACUUCUGUUCUUCCUGGCCUGGCUGGGGAAAGGCCAAAAGAGGAUGCCGCUCCCAUGCCCUAUCCCAAGACGACGCUGCAGACUCUCUUGGGAGAUGGUCUAGGACUUGCGUCCGCAGAUUAUGGGCAAAACCGGAGCUUGCACACAGGCGUGCAGGCGGGCACGAACGAGACAGAACCGGCGACAUGCCCGCAAAAGCAGCAAGCCUCAGAGAGGCCAGAGUGGGAAAGCCUUUUCGAUGACUUGCAAGAGGACGGCCAGGUGCGAAAGGCUCCGCACGAGCAAGAAGAGUGGAGGCCUGGAAGUGCUGUUGGUCCUGAUUGGGACCAGCUGUACAAAAGGCUUCCAACAGCCGACCCAAAGAAUGGAGCGUCCGCCAACGCUAGGUCGGAUGGGGAUCUGGACUAUGAGACCUUGUUUAGGGGAGAUCCAGACGAUCAUGAUUUGCCAGAUUUGGUUCCUCUUCCUUCUAAAGAAGGGGGACAAGGUGCCCAAAAUGCGCCCACACCAAGCAAUCCAGGAGUCCCCCGGCAACAGGAGGCCCAGAGGGAGGACCGUGAGGAGGAGCCAACUGGUCCACAACGGCGACUUGUUUUUGAUCUGGAUUCAAGUCUGGUGGACUUAGCAUGCCACUGGCAAAAGUAUGGCAUCCUCGGGCACUUCAACCUCUCCGGCCAUGCCGAUGAGGGAGUCGAAGCCUGGGGGGAGAAGCUGCUGCCCAAGGGUGUCCUCAGCCUUGCAGACUUCCGCAAUCAUGGCGUGGAGUUGGAUCUCAGUGACACGCACGUCAUCGCAUCGGGCUUUCAAGAACUCGAAGAGUUUUCUGGAGCGAUCAAACGGGAUGGUACAGUCACGACUCUGAGACUUGUGCGGGCAAAGAUUGGCAAUUCUGGGGCCAGCUGGAUAGCAGGAGCCCUGAUGAGAAAUCAAACACUUACGGAGCUUGUGUUGAGCAGCAAUAGUAUCACAGACGAAGGGAUUGAUCCCAUUGCUGCAGUGUUGGACACCAACAAGGCUCUCACGAAGAUCGACUUGUCUGACAACCGGGUUGGAUCAAGGGGAGCCCAACAGUUGGCUUCUGCGACUUUGAGGAAUCGAUCGCUGACAGAGCUGGAUCUGAGCAGGAACAACAUUGGUGACCAGGGAGCUGAGGAAUUCUUGGGAGCAUUGGAUGUUGCGGUGCGGCCCAGACCAGCUGCCCUGCGCGUCUUGGACCUGUCGGGGAAUACAAUCACCAGGAGAACAGAAGAGAAACUGAUGUCUGCAUUUCACAGAAACAUCACAGUGUUGACGACUCUGCGCCUGUCUGAAUCCGAUCCCGCACAGGAAGAGCCUGGGGGCAAACCUCCGCGCUUCACGGUGGUUUGCACCCAGCAGGGCAUUGAGGUGCGUGCCGGGCGGCCGGGGCCAAGAGCACAAGUGAGCUGGGAGCAGGACCAGGGUGACGUGGAGGUGGUUCUGAAGCGCCCAGAGUUGAGACGAAGCGACGCCGCGUUGGUAGAUGUUGGCUUUGGUUUUCGCCGGUUAAAGGUCACUGUGCGAGGCGAGCUGGUCAUGGACAUUGAGCUUUUUGCGCGAAUACGACCUGAUGACUGUGCUUGGACUGUUGGGGAUGGCUUCCUGCAGGUUGUCCUGGCAAAGGCAGAAGUUGGACGGUGGCAGUCGCUCACGGGCUGAGGAUAUGCGCG